AUGCGUGAGAUAUUGUAUUUACUUCUCUUGAAAAAACAUUUGAAGCAGGCAGUUACUUGGAUAACGCAUACCGGUGACGCCAGCAAACAACCGUUGGGGCAAAUGCGCCAUUUUGGCUCAAACAGUCGGAAUUUACUUUCUUUGCAAUUUAAUAUUUUUUCGGCAUCGCUUAAUCUUUUUGUUAAUGGUUGGGAUGAGAUCAUGUUUCACCACAUUCUGUAUUUGGUGUUUUGUUUCCUAUGAGAACAAGUGUAACGUUCUGGUAGCAUUAGCCUCACCAAGCUACAUGCUAGUUAGCUGUGUCGUUCGAUUGCAUUGCCAACAACACUGGCUGAUGGUUAGCUUGCUAGCUAUAUUUAGCUGUUUUGACUUGUUAGCUCGCUAGAUAUGGGUGGGUGCUCCGCUCCAAAUUGCUCAAACUCAACAACAAUUGGGAAGCAACUGUUUCGUUUUCCAAAAGAGCCUAUACGUAAGAAGAAAUGGCUUGUAAACUGCCGGCGUAAUUUUUUACCAACUCCACAUUCCAGACUGUGUCAGGACCAUUUUGAGCUGAGUCAGUUUGAAGAAAUCGCCAGGUCGCCAGCAGGGGGAAAGAAGCUGAAACCAAAUGCCGUCCCCACUCUUUUCAAUGUGCGAGAUCCACCUUUUCCCGUAACCCCACAGAUAGUGCUACCACUCAAGCCAGAGCCAGUGGAGAGGGAUCUCAAUGUGGGGGAUCAUGGCUACGCACGAAGGAAAACAACUCUGGGCAUGGAGGAAGAUGAUGCUGAUGAACUACACAAGGCAGAGGAACGUCCCUGCAUCCAUUGUCAACAUUACAGAACACUGCUGGAACAAGAAAUGCAACACACAGCCAGAUUACAGAAAGAGGUAGAGGAAAUGAAAAAGCGGAUGUUCAGACUGGACAGAAUAGAGAGGGGCCUCCAGACAUUUCUGUAUGAAGACCAGAUCCGCGCCCUGACACUGACCAAGCGUUCCCGGAGAGCUGUGUGGUCCCACGAGACAGUGCUGAAGGCCCGUAAGAUCCGAUGUGCGGUCGGUGGCAAGGGUUAUGAAUUCCUCCGGGAGUUAGGCUACCCCCUGCCAUCUUAUAGAACUUUAUGCAACCGCCUGGAUAACAAAAUCAUGGUGACGACAGCCAUGGGGUGUGAUGAGCUGGCAGAGCUAGGUCUAGGAAUCAUAUCCACAUGUGAUAGUCCAGAGGGAGAUGGGGACAAUGAUGAGGCUUUCAUUGGAGUGAUCUCAUGAAAGAGAUGUUUUAUUUAUUUAUUUCAAUGUGUUUCAUUUUGGAAGAAUGCAAUGCAAAAUUACAGGACAAUAGAGCAAAGACUGACUGUAUGACAGCUAGUAGGCCUAUGUGGUGGAGAAAAUAUGGAAGCGUAUGCACAAUGGGAGAUGUGUGUGUUAAUGCAGUGGUGUCAAACAUACGGCCCGGGGGGGUUUGAGGAAAAAUAAGUAUAUAUUUUUUAAAUAGUUGGGGGGAACAAACUCCAUAUACUUUAAAAUGACUAAAACCAAUUUUAAAUUAUUAUAAAGGACCUUUACAUUCAUACAGUUUUAUGACUGUCUAGCUCGCUAAUAAAAAACAAACAAAUUAAAGCUAGAUAAUUAGGGAGCAUUGACAAUUCCAAAAAUGAUGGAUUGAGGACAAUGUUAGCAAAUUUUGACGCUAUAUCAACUUUUCAGUGCGGCCCACCAGGCCAUGAUGAAGACCGGAUGUGGCUCCCAGGACAAAAUGAGAAACCAAGUCCAAAACCAAGAACAUGUUUUGAAGGGGUACUUCAGGACACAGAGACAAACUUAUGGAUACCAUUUGUAUAUCUGACUCUGGGGAAGUAGAUAAAGGGCCUCAUUGCUUUAAAGGGGUACUUCAGGACACAGAGACAAACUUAUGGAUACCAUUUAUAUAUCUGACUCUGGGGAAGUAGAUAAAGGGCCUCAUUGCUUUAAAGGGGUACUUCAGGACACAGAGACAAACUUAUGGAUACCAUUUAUAUAUCUGACUCUGGGGAAGUAGAUAAAGGGCCUCAUUGCUUUAAAGGGGUACUUCAGGAUUUUGACAUUCUUGGUUUUGGACUUGGUUUCACAAGUGGUUUUCAGAAUAGUUUACUUCUGCUAAAGAAUUAGGUGUUUAUUUUGGGUAGGAAACAACCUCCAUCAAAACAAUAAAGAGCAGCAGUCAUCUGCCUAAUGCUUUUCAGCUGCAAUAUCAAGCCACCUUUCUGUGCUCAAUAUGGGGCCAUAAUUCAGAAGCUAAUCAUUUGCUGUACUGCAGAUGGCCUUUAAUUUUAUUGCUGAGAAUGUUUUGACAAAUACUAAGGAAGAGCAGAAUUCUAACCACUGUUUGCAGAGUUUUUAUUUGCCCCCCCCCCACUUAUGUUAAGUGGACAAAUUGGAGGAGUAGGUUGUAUUUUGUCAUGGGAAUCAGUUUAGCUGCAUUUGGAAACUGCAGUGCCGUGUACAGCCUUUGGAGAACUGUGUUGCCUGCAUUGUAUACUAGCUGCGUCCCCUGAACUCAGGCUGAAUAACCUGAGGCUUAUUUUGUUACAAUCACUAAUGGGAUAUUUGCUAGAAAGCAGAACCUCUUGGUGGGAGGUUUGUAGACAACAUACUAAAAGGGCACACGAGUAUACUCUGAUUGAUUGAUCAAAACAACGGUACUGUAGAAGAAGAAUAAAUAAAUAUUUUAAGUAGG